AUCUGUCAAAGUGAUUUUCGCAGCUCGGGUCGCCUGGCUGGAGAAAAUUCGGUCUGCGGAAAAUUUUCAUUCCAUCCAGUUAGUAGCUAUCGAAAACCGAAAUUAAAUGCAAUUUUCGCCCAAAAUGCAUCGGUUCUAGUGUUGUUCGGUGUAUACGGGAAGGGCUUCGGCAAGAAGCUGUGUGCAGUCAUUAGGAAUUAGUUGAAAUCGAUCGAGUUUUUUCGGGCAAUCUGAUAGGGUUGUGUUCCCUGGGUGGACAGGGGGAAAAAUCGAGCUUGUUUGCUUUCGUUGGAUAUCCUCGGUUUGCAUCGGGGUAUCGAUAUCCGCGUGCAAACAUUUUAGGGGCUAGUGAGGAAGAUGACUAAAGACGACGGUAAGCGACGGCGAGGCGGCUCCCUGGAUGAGCUGAUCCAAUAUGUUACGUUGCACAUUCCGACCCAUGUUCUGUUGAGUGGAAGCAUCCUGCCCUUCAUGGUGGUGUACGGUCUCUGGUGCUACCUAUGGAUGGUCGUCUACGGCGUAGAGGAAUACUGGGAAGCGGGACUGCUAACGCUGGCCGGAAUAGGAUUCAUACAGAUUCUGGUGUGCCUCUGUUGCUUCUGGAGUGUCCAUGUACAGACUUUCCUCAACUGUCGGAAGGCAAAAUGUCCGGAAAAAGCUAGAGUUGUAAAAGUGGUACCAACGGAAAAUAACGGGUCGUCCGAGCUGGUCAAGCUGCACUGUGCAAAAGCAGAUGGAACCGGAGGCGCAGGUAACGAAGGAUCGGUCUAUUGGUUUUUGUUCCAGAAAACGAAAUAUGUGUGGGAUGCGGACAAGAAGCAGUUCCGCAGUGUCGAAUUUCCCAUUCACAAGACAUAUGAGGAGUACUUCGAAUCCAAAGGGCAUCAGGAGGACGCCGAUGUCCAGCUAGCGGAGAAGACCUACGGCAACAACAAUAUGGAGAUGGUGGUCCCGGAGUUUCUCGAACUGUUCGUUGAACGGGCCACAGCUCCGUUCUUCGUGUUUCAAAUCUUUUCGGUACUGUUGUGGUGCUUAGAUGAGUACAUGUACUAUUCGUUGUUCACGCUGGGAAUGUUGAUUUCGUUCGAGUGCAUUCUGGUGCAACAACAGCUGAGAAAUAUGUCAGAAAUCAGGAAGAUGGGAAACAAACCGUACCUGAUCAACGUGUUUCGCAACAGAAAGUGGCGACCGAUCAAGUCAAACAUGCUGGUUCCGGGUGAUUUGGUGUCGGUGACGCGAUCUCAGGACGAGAAUUUGGUACCUUGUGAUCUGCUGUUGAUUCGGGGAACGUGCAUCGUAGAUGAAAGCAUGCUAACAGGUGAAUCCGUUCCCCAGAUGAAGGAGUCGCUAGAAAACACCGACGAGCAUAAAAAGGAGCUAGAUGUAGAGGCGGACGGAAAGUUGUACGUCUUGUUUGGCGGUACAAAGGUCGUUCAGCAUUCCUCUCCGAGCAAGGGCGCCAUGCGGUCACCGGACAGCGGUUGUAUCGGGUAUGUUCUGCGAACUGGUUUCAAUACCUCUCAAGGAAAAUUGCUGCGGACGAUUUUAUUCGGCGUGAAACGAGUGACUGAGAACAAUUUAGAAACGUUUGCAUUUAUCCUAUUCCUGCUGGUGUUCGCGGUUGCAGCUGCUGUGUACGUGUGGAUCAAGGGCUCUGAGGACCCGGAACGAAACCGGUACAAGCUUUUCUUGGAGUGCACUUUAAUUCUGACAUCGAUCAUUCCACCGGAUCUACCGAUCGAACUUUCGCUGGCGGUGAACACCUCGUUGCUGCAGCUUUCUAAGCUGUUCGUAUUCUGUACUGAACCAUUCCGGAUACCGUUCGCUGGAAAGGUACAAAUUUGCUGCUUUGAUAAGACUGGAACUUUGACUAGUGAUAAUUUGGUAGUGGAAGGCGUAGCAGGUUUGAAGAAAGAUACCAGCAUUACAGCUAUCAACGAAAUCCCUGAGUCCACUGCUCACGUACUGGGGUCUUGCCAUUCGUUAGUGCAGCUGGAUGAUGGUUUAGUAGGAGAUCCUCUUGAAAAAGCCACGUUAACAUCGAUUGAUUGGAACCUGACCAAGGGCGACUCGGUGGUUCCAAAGCGAGGAAAGUUCAAAGCUUUGCGAAUUUAUCAACGAUUCCAUUUCUCAUCCACAUUGAAGAGAAUGUCUGUAUUAGCUGGUCAUCUGGUUCCUUUUAGUAAUGAGACGUGUUACAUCGGUACUGUCAAGGGAGCCCCCGAAGUAGUGGUAAAAAUGUUGAAAACGGUUCCACCGAACUACGAAGAAACUUAUUUGGAAUACUCUCGACGUGGGGCUCGCGUACUGGCUCUGGGCUACAAAUCAUUCGGAACACUUGAUAACGCUACGGUUAGAGAACUGAAACGUGCCGAUGUCGAGAAGGAUCUUGAAUUUGCCGGAUUCAUCAUCAUUUCAUGCCCACUAAAACCAGAUUCAAAGUAUGCUAUCAAAGAAAUUAUUCAAGCAUCUCAUAAAGUGAUGAUGAUUACCGGUGACAACCCGCUGACCGCGUGCCAUGUAGCUAAAGAAUUACGCUUUACCAAGCGUACCAUUGUUGUUCUAACAAGGGACGAUUUGGAUAACACUUGGUAUUGGGAAUCGAUCAAUCGGGAAGUUAGGAUCCCCCUGGCUGAAAAUCGUACGGUUAAAGAUUUGUACAAAGAUCACGACUUUUGCAUCACAGGUGAAGGGCUCCAAUAUCUGGACACUGAGAAGCAUUCCUAUCUGCUGAAGCUGAUGCCGUACGUCACGGUGUUUGCGAGAUUCGCCCCGAAACAGAAGGAAGCUGUCAUCACUACACUGAAACAGUUGGGAUUUCAUACGUUGAUGUGCGGCGAUGGAACAAACGACGUGGGAGCCCUAAAGCACGCGAAUGUAGGAGUUUCCUUGCUGAGCCAUCAACCGACCAAAGCAGAGAAGCGUCAAUUGCGAGCUGUGACUGCCGCCGAUGGUGAAGUGGAAAAAAAGAAAGACAAACAGGAAGAACGGAAGGCGCUCACGCCCCGAGAACGGGCGAUUAUGAAGCAUCGGGAAAAUUUGAGUUCGACACAGGACAGACUGCAGAAAGUUUUAAAAGAUAUGGACGAUGAGCAGGUGCAGAUCGUCAAGCUGGGCGAUGCAAGUAUUGCGGCACCGUUUACAAGUCGGUCUUCGUCGAUCAAUUGCGUUUGUCACAUCAUCAAACAGGGUCGUUGCACACUGGUCACAACACUGCAGAUGUUCAAAAUAUUAGCUUUGAAUGCGUUGAUUUCUGCCUACUGUCAAUCGGUGCUGUACAUCGACGGCGUCAAGAACAGCGAUACCCAGCUUACGCUGCAUGGGCUGUUAACUGCCGCAUGUUUCCUCUUCAUAACUCGUUCGAAACCUCUAAAGGUUCUAUCCAAACAAGCGCCGCUGCCGAACAUUUUCAAUCUGUAUUCGGUCACUACUAUUUUGGCCCAGUUCGCGGUACAUUUCACGGCAUUGAUUUAUCUGGUGAAUGAGGCCAACCUACGAUUGCCUCCAAGGGAAGGUAAAGUGAAACUUAAUUUAGACCUAGCACCGGAUGAGAAAGAAGAGUUCGUCCCAAAUAUUGUCAAUAGUACGGUCUACAUCAUAAGCAUGACGAUGCAAAUUGCGACGGUGGCCGUCAACUAUAAGGGUCACCCCUUUAUGGAAAGUAUGCGGGAGAACCGGUUGCUGUAUUAUGCAAUCUUCUCAUCGAGUACGAUUGUGCUCUUUCUGGCGUUGGGAAUCGUGCCGGAUCUGUUGACCACCUUUGAAGUGAUAGACUUCGAGUCAGAUUUCCGAAAGAUUUUGGUGGGCGUCCUGGUGGCGGAUAUGCUACUCGCCUAUCUGGUGGACCGCAUUUGCUCGUUCCUGUUUGGGGAGAUGCGAAAGAAGACCGACAUCAUCGCCUAGACGGACCCAGUUCAAUAAGAUAGAGAAAAGAAAACUAAGGUAUCCUUAGCGCGGCACACAUUCAUCUAUAAAUUUAUAGUAAAUAAGCACGAAGCGCAUCGCGAUAAUUAUAGUACGAAGAAGGGAAUAAUUAUUUAAAUAAUGAUGAAGAUGACCAGCAGACGUGUUAGCGUGUGAUAGAGUAUUCGUUUUUAAUUCAAAUUAAGAACCUCAAAAUGAUCGCGAAAGAUCGUAGGGGCAACAGAAGAACGGGUGUCGGGCGUAUUCUGUUCAAGUGAGAAAGAAAUUGUAUAAUAGUGAAGUUAAUGUUGGAAUAACGAUGUAAUAGUGGUGAAUUGAACUAGCAAAGGCAGCAGAUGUCGUCGAGUACAUAUUGUCAUUAAAUAGAGUGCACAAUAGUAAGGAAAUUUCUUCUUUAUGCGAAGAACACACAAUGGAACUGAGUUUGCAGCAGAAUGUCUAUCCACGAUAUACCGAGUGAAGUCAACUACAGAAGAGAAACUUAAAUGAAAAAAAAUCAAUAAAAUAAAAUGAAUAAGCAGGGAACGAACUGGAAAGCAACUAAUUUAAUCUGUUCAUAGCAAAAAAAUGUUUACUUGACUUAUACACUUUAUAACUGUCUUACGAAGUUUUUUAGUUGAGGGUAAUGUUGUAUGGUUCGACGUAUGGAGAAAAAUCUUUAAAUAAAAAACAACAUAUUAAAAAA